AUGGCUCCUACGGUAGCUGUCAUUUUUCUUGCGUCGUUAACAAUACUUGCUUUUACGCCGUACAAUGUUGAAUCAACAAAUAAAUAUUACGCAUCGGCAAGGGUAGAGAGCUGCAGUGGUUGUCGUCUAAGCCAGCUGCCGGAUCUUAAACAAUUUAUCUUCGAAGAUUUACCUAAUUACAAUAAUGUUGAAUUCAAACAUAUUCAAGGUGCAGUUCCAAAACUUCUUCUCUUUAAUGAAAAUGAAGAGGAAGUGGAAAGAAUACCUCUGUCUAGCUUGACAAGAGAAGAGUGCAAUAAUCUAUUAAUUUCUAAAUCUUUUACAAAAAAGACUGGAAAAGAUGAAAUGUAA